AUGGGCGAGGUACUUCUCACACAGGAACACUUGAAUUUUUUACGACGACAUUUACAAACAUUGCCAGGCAGUUAUCGAAAAUUUGACUCGAAUAGGGCAACGAUUCUUUUCUUUACUUUAUCAUCGCUUGAUGUUCUGGGCAAGCUGGAAGAGGAAGUUGACGAGGAUAAAAGACAGGAACUUAUCAACUGGAUCUAUCGAUUGCAGCUAAAAAGUGACUCCGAGACAUCGAUGGGAGAUGAUAAAUCGGAAUUGGUCAGGAGUGUAAAUGCAGGGAUUGCGCAGAAAGAGCCGAGUGCACUCAGUCCUGACGAACGGCUACCGAAAUACUGCUGGAAAGAUGUUUGA